AUGGACAGCAAGACUGGGCCGUGCCCAGCUUUCCGUGAUAACAAAGAUCUGUACGGCCUUGGCAUACGGCUAGGCUUUUACAUCCAGUGGGUGGGCUUGAUUAUCUGUGAAGUCUUCGACAAAAAGAAGCCAUGUAAUCAACCUAGGCACUUACACUCCGAGUUUUUCGCGAUCCGGAUCACGAAUGCAUCAUUUGUUACCGCGGAGUUCAUCGCGGUUCUUGUGCAAAUCGCCAAAACAUCGCUUAAAUCGGAUCGAAAGACAGAGUUCAUCCAACCAGUGGACAUUUAUAUCGUCCUACUCUUAUGUUUUGGCUCCAGUCUUUCCCUCGUGGUGGUAUUCAUCUGGAACAUGUUCACGCCGCUCAAUGUCGAGUACCCCAUGAGGCCAAGCCGACUCUCCGUUCGACUCAGCUGCUUGCUACUCACCGCUGUAUCUCUCUUCCAACUCUGGUUCUGGUCACAAAGUUUUGAUUUCAAAAAUUGCAAGACGUACGGGUUCGCCUUUAAUAAGACAACAAUAGACGAGAUCACAUUCCGAGUCACACAUGGAAUCCUUUAUGGAGCCCUGCUGCUAGUGGUUGUGUUAAACUUCAUCAGUUUCUUUUUUCUACCAAAACGCUCCCCACUUGUUGAUAAGUUAGGCCAAAAACUAUGGUCGAGCAAAAUGAAGGCAUGGUACUGUCUGGCCAAGCUACUAGUCUGCGCUGUUAUCAUCGUUGCAACGGAAUUGACAAUCUCCUGGAACGGCAUUAAAUCCAUAAAUGAACUCGACUCUGCUGGGCAAACAAUACCUUUUAUAGUUGGCUGUUGCGUCUUGGCCCGCGUUAUCUACGUUACUGGCCUCCAAGACCGCGUGUGGAAGUGGGAGGAGGCAGCCACGUGGGGGGAUAUGUUUGACGCGCUCAGACGACGAUUUCGACCCGAUGGCGGAAUCCUCGGAAGGGUGGAACUUGUAGGCGCCCAUUAG